AAUGUAAAUAAAACUGUUUAGCACGAAAGGUAUCAUGAAGCGCUAUGUGCAAAACAAACAAUGCUCGAGAUAUAGGGUCAUCUUCAGGGAAACCGAAAUAUCCAAGUCGUUGACAUGAAUUUAAAAGUCCAGCAGUGUGAAACGGAAUAAGCAGGCUGAAUAAGAUGUCCGAACGAGUUCUUAAAAUAGGCUUUGUUGGAGCUGGUGCCAUCAACUUUGGUCGAGCACAUUUACCAUGGGACCACGCCUCGCGUCUGGAACAGCUUGGCGGCGUAGACGUCAUUGGCAUCGUAGACUUGGACGAGAAAUUAGCAUCAAGUAUCCUUGAAAAACGCCAAGCUUCAAAGUAUGGUCAUUACUACAAGAAUUGCAAAAUCUUUAAGAAUUAUAGAAGCCUCAUUGAAUUGCGACCAGAUGCCGUGUUAAUAGGAAUACCUCCAGCAUAUAGAGGGUCCUUCGCAGAAGAAAAAGACCUCGAGCUUCAGUUUGCACGUGCUGGAAUACACGUGUUUGUUGAGAAACCACUGUCAGUAUUGCCACCGGAAGAGUUUAUGACCUACGCCAAAGCUGUAACAGAUACGGCCAAGGAAAAGAACGUGAUAGUAUCUGUUGGGUAUAUGUUCAGAUACCAUGCUGGUAUAUUGAAAAUGAAGGAGCUGAUUAAAAAACAUGGAGGAAAGGUGAUGGCGUUCAAUGCAAGAUAUUACUUCGCCUACACCAAGGCCGUCAACAAAUAUUGGUUCAACGAGGACCUUAGCGGUGGGCCAAUCGUAGAACAGGCCACCCACUUCUGCGAUUUGGCGCGGUUUAUCGUCAGCGAUGUAGAUGUCCCAUCAAUUCAUACCCUUCUGCUCAAAGACUCAGAUCCGGGUGGCGCAGGUCAUUUGGCUUACAUACCUCAACAAUAUGAGGAGGAUAUUUCACCUGAGAGAAGAAUCCCACGAGUUACCAUGAGUCACUGGCGAUUUAAGGAUGGUGGAUUGGGUACCCUGAUGCAUUCAGUAGCACUUCCAGGAACAAGGUACGAGGCAAAUAUCGAUGUUCAGCUCGACGGGCUCAAACUGUCUCUUAUUGAACCUUACCAGAAAGACUGCAUCCUAAGGGUACGAAGCAUAAAUAACGAGGAAGCGAAUAAGGACCAAGAUUUCACUUUUCCUACAGAUGAUUCAUACCUGACUGAAUUAAAGACUUUUCUAACGGCUGUUCGCACUAAUGAUCCGUCAAUCAUCGAGAGCUCCUAUAGUGACGCAGCACUUACUUACCAGAUGACGUGGGUCAUUCGACGAGCCAAAUGAAUGCACUGUACUUAGUGUUUUCAAUGGUAUAGUAAAACAAAUAGAAGAUUCAUUUAUAUUAUAUUAACUGGAUUUUUAUCAAAUAAAUAUGACAUCAUCGUGA